GUCUAAACAGAUUAACGUUGAAAACUAUUUACAUACAACAUUCUUAAAACUCUGUAAAAUAGUUGUAUAAAUAUUAGUUUCUUAUUCUCAAAUCCCAUUUGAAUUCUGGAACUAUGGGUCAUAAACAUUCAGUGGGUCCAAGGCACAAGUAUGAUAUGGUAGAGCUGCCUAGAGACAGGGUUGCCAUAGUAACAGGUGCAUCAGCAGGAAUUGGAUAUGAAACUGCCAAGAAUCUGGCAAUCAUGGGAGCUAAAGUUAUUCUGGCCUGCAGAAAUGAGGAAAAAACAAGAAAGGCCAUGUCACGAAUGCGUGAAGAAUAUGAGCACUACAAGUCAGUGUUCAGUGACUCAGCAAAGCAUGAAGAGCUUCAACUUUACUACAUGCACUUGGAUCUUGCAUCUCUGCAGUCAACACAUACAUUUGUACAACAGUUCUUGGCCAUGGGGUGGCCCCUGCAUAUUCUCAUCUGUAAUGCAGGCAUAGCUGUCAACAAUAUAUCAAUAACAGAAGACCAUCAUGAGACCAUGUUUCAGACCAACUAUCUGAGUCACUUUCUGAUUAUUGAACACUUGCUGCCAGUUCUUGAAACAUCUGGUCCAGAUGUACGUAUCAUCCUAGUCUCCAGCAUUGGCCAUUAUAAUGCCCACUUUAACAGGGAUGACAUUGAGAACCUUACUCUCAAAAAAGACAUCAAUCUCUCACUUUAUGGUACAACAAAACUUUAUCAGGUGAUGCAAAUGUACAAGUUGGCAGAGAAACUAAAACAGAAAAAUAUCACAAACAUUGGUGUGUUUGCAUUGCACCCUGGGUAUGUUCAGACUGAGAUUGCGCGAGACCUGCGUCCUCUUCUGAAAGUUCUAAACAAGAUUGGUUCUUCGCUGAAAAUUGCCACGGACAGUGUUAAAGGGGCAUACACAACUCUGUACUGUGCCGUGAGCCCUGACUUAAAGGGGCAAUGUGGUUACUACAAUAACUGCAGACCAGAAAGGUGCUCUGGAAAAGCAAGGAACAAAGCUCUACAGGACAUUGUGUGGGACUACACCUUUAAGUGUUUACAAGACCAUUUACCUAAACAUUCAGAGUCAGUCAACAACAAUAACAGUAGCAGCUCAGAACAAACAACACAGCUGAUGGCAACAGCUGCUCUAACAGCAGCAGAUGUGCAACCUAACCAACUGUAAUACUGACUUGUAAUAAGAAAAGGAAGAUAACCACAGAUGAGGUUCUGAUAAAUGAGAGACAAUUAUGAGUUCAUAAGACUCUCUGGCUUUUACAAAUCAAUGUAUUUUUAUUAAAUCAUCACACAAAUGAAAUAAUUGCUUAGCAACUUACCUAGUUAACAGCUCAUACUAAAGCUUAAUAAAAUAGGAAAUUAUAAAUUAAGUGACUUUAGUGAGUUUUUCCAAAUAACAUAAUGGUUUUCAAGCCCUACCAAGACCACAG